AGCAUGGACCUGGAUAUGCUGAACAUGUUUGUCAUCGCUGGUGGCACCCUGGCUAUCCCCAUCCUGGCCUUCGUGGCCUCAUUCCUCCUCUGGCCCUCGGCGCUCAUCCGCAUCUACUACUGGUACUGGCGCCGAGCCUUGGGCAUGCAGGUUAGAUAUGCAAACUACGAUGACUAUCAGUUUUGUUAUUCCUAUAGAGGAAGACCUGGAUACCGACCGUCCAUCCUGAUGCUACAUGGAUUCUCAGCCCACAAAGACAUGUGGCUGUCCAUAGUCAAGUUCCUGCCAAAGAACCUGCACUUGAUAUGUGUGGAUAUGCCUGGGCACGAGGGCACGACCCGCUCGGACUUGGAUGAUUACUCCAUUAGUGGGCAAGCUAAGAGAAUACACCAGUUCGUGGAGUGCAUCAAGCUGAACAAAAAGCCCUUUCAUCUGGUUGGCACUUCCAUGGGAGGAAACGUUGCUGGUGUCUACGCUGCUUUGUACCCAGAAGAUAUUUGCAGCUUGACCCUCAUCUGCCCUGCAGGCCUGCUAAGUACCACUGACAGCAAGUUCAUUAAGCAGCUCCGGGAGCUGCAAGAGUCCAAAUGCAUUGACAGGAUCCCUUUAAUCCCCUCCACACCCGAGGAGAUGGCAGACAUGCUGAAGCUUUGCUCCUACGUUCGCUUCAAGGUGCCACAGCAGAUCCUCCAGGGCCUCGUUGAUGUUCGCAUUCCACACAAUGAAUUCUACCGGAAACUGUUUUUAGAAAUUGUGGAUGAAAAGUCCAGGAACUCUCUCCAUGAGAACAUGAGCAAGAUCAAAGCACCAACACAGGUCAUCUGGGGAAAGCAGGACCAGGUCCUGGAUGUUUCUGGUGCCAGUGUUUUAGCAGGAGCUAUUCCAGACUGCCAUGUGUACAUCCUGGAGAACUGUGGGCACUCCGUGGUGGUGGAGCGGCCCCGCAAGACAGCCAACCUCAUCCUGGAGUUCCUGGCGCUGCUGCACGGCAUAGACAACAACAAGAAGCAGGCAUGAGCAUGGCAGGGAGCCGAGUGCCCAUGCCAGGUUAAAUUGUUAAGUACUGCAGCUUUGAUACGUUCUCAGGGAUCUUGUACGAAUUGGGGUCAAUGUGCCAAAGUCCCUGAGGAAGGCAGAAUCACUGAUACCUAAACCUAUAGCACCACUGGCUCAGCAACCUGGGGUCACUGAGCAACCUCCAUAGAUGCAGGAACAGAAGCAGAGUAUCUCCCUUUUCUACUUAGAGGUAAGGUAGAAAUGAGCUGAAAUCACCCAGUGCUCAUCACACAGCCAUUCAUCUUACCUGGGUUACCAGCACGUAGUUGUUCAUGGCAUUUACCUAAACUAUAUAUGAAAUGUAGGAAGAUAUCUCAAAUCCUGGACUGAGACUUUACAAUAUUUUUACUACUUUGAGUCUAUCGUGUUGCAUGCUGUUGUGCUGUAAGAGAACCCCCAAGUGCUCCAGGCAUCUGCUUGAGUGCUUUUUGUGUAGCUCCUUAUUUCAUUAUUUAUGCAGAAAACAGCAGAAAACUUCAUGUGUGGAAGUCCAAUGACUGUAUGUGAAAAAAAAUGUUUACACUCUGAGUGGGUUUUCUAAAUCUCUGAAUAGCUCCUGUGUAUUUGUAAUGCCUUAACAUUGCCCAGGGUGUGGUGUCUGUGCAGAACCUUGCCCAGGGUUGGUUCUACCUGAGGGUGAACACAGCCAGGGACAAUGGGGUGCAGGCAGCAGCUUUGCCACCGCUGUGGACCUGGGGCAAUGGGAACUGCCCGGGGUGAUUUGGCCCCUGAGCCUGAGUCAGCAAUAAGCCCAUGGCCAGGAUGUGAUUCAGCCACCUUGGGUGAACUCUUGUCUCAGCUCCUCUAUCACAUCGUGCUGCUGAACACCUGGAUGUAAAUAAUGAUUUUCUUAAUGAAUUCUGUGAAUUCUGCAAAAGCCAAUGCCACUGGAACAGGCAUGAGGGGUGGG